UACAACAUACCUGUCCACUACUGUGGCCAAUGUCCUGAUGCUCAAGUAGUAGCUCCCUGUUUGUGUGACUCGUUUGGCAUCAAUUGUAAAUCAGAUGCCGACAUACGAGAUGUUAAAUCACUAUUCAAGCAAAUAGCUGCCAACUAUACGGACAGUUGGGGCGGCAAACAGUUUAUGGAUUUAGGAUUGCAUAGUACAUCGUUGGAACAGUUGCCCGAGGAUUGCCUACAGGGACUGACAUUUUCGAGGAUAAGUAUAUGGGAUGCCAGUAGUUUGAAACAUAUAGAUACCAAUGCAUUUCGUGGGACAGUAGAUAAAGUGAUGUCCGUAGUUCUAUGGGAUAGUCCACUACUUGAUUCAAGCAACUUGUUUGACAUACUAAACCAGUUUCUGAAUGUCCAACAAAUAAGUGUCGGCGACUGUAAUAUCCAGUCGAUACCCGAUCGGGCUUUUGUAGGACUAUCUAAACUCACGGAACUGGUAUUGUUUGGUCAGACAAUUAAGACUAUCGGUCGGCAACCGUUCUCUGAGCUACCAGUGCUCGAACGGCUAUACAUAUUUCAGACAUCCAUUAGCUAUAUAGAUAGCAAUGUUUUUGUUUUCAAUGAUAAUUUUACUACCAAUGAUGAUAAUAAACAGCUACCACUACCACCACUAACAUUGGGACUGUUCAAAAAUGGUCAACUUGGCGGUUCAUGUUUUAACCAAGAUACUUUUCUCAAUGUUUUCAAGCACCGACCUGUCAACAUAGAUUUUGGUGGUAAAGUAUACGGUGGUAUCUAUACGGAUCCAAAUCAAAUAACCUAUUUAGCUGAGGUAGUAUUUCAAGGAUUUUUGUUGGCCAACCCAUUGAAUAUUAUUACUUUAUAUAAACAACAAUUCAAUUGCGAUGAUUGUCGCAACUAUUGGCUACAUAAACAACAAAAAUUAUUGAAACAAUUAGUUGAUCUAAAUUGUGCUAAUGCCGAACAGGUAUGUCUUGCUGUGUUGAUUGUUGUUAAUUCAGGUCCCGAUGCGAACUGGUAUGUCUUGCUGUGUGACCUGUGUCCGAGUGAUUGUCCGGAUAUCGGGUAA